GAGAGAGAAAGUAAAGGUUGUGAUUUGUUUAGUCAUUUUGUUGCAUGAGGAGAUUGGAAAUUUGUUUUGUCUGAAAACGGAAGGAGGGAUGAGGAAGUGGAGAUUGUGUAUUGUUGUUCUUUCAAUCUGAGGAUAGAGAGAGAGGCUUUUUUGGAUGUAGAAAUGGGUGCUUCAUUGAAACCCUCUUGAACAAGAACUCAGAGUUCCCAUCAUAAAGCAUCUCUCUUUAAGCUUUCAGUAUCUAUAAUUCGAAGUUUUUCAGCCUGUUGGAGAUCUGUUAGCAGUUAUCUCGAACAACUUUUAGGUUCCCUAGAUGAGUGGCUAUAUCAUCAUGGACUCUGAAACUGGUAACUGAGUAGAACUGCUUUCCUGUCUGGGUAUCUCUGGUGUGGUGCAAUAUUUGUAGCAUUCGUACAUCUUAUUUUCCAUCACAUUUGAGAUGGAACAGUCAAGAAUACAUACACAGCUUCAAUAUAAUUCUCCUGAACAUGGAAAUCAGGUAUUCCACCCUGCACUGCAAGCACCUAUGCUUGACCAUAUGAGCAGUAUAAAUACAAGUACAGGAGCUCCUGGAAUAAGUACCUCAGAAGUUAAACCUGUUCUUAAUUACUCCAUACAGACUGGUGAGGAGUUUGCUCUUGAAUUUAUGCGUGAUCGGGUUAAUCCCAAGAAGCCUUUCAUUCCAAGCAGUGGUGCUGAAUCCAAUUAUGCAACAGGUUAUAUGGAACUAAAAGGCAUUUUAGGCAUUAGUCAUACAGGGUCUGAAAGUGGGUCAGGUACAUCUAUGGUUACCCAUGGAUAUUCUUCCUCUGGAGCCUCCGAGGGCUCAUCAUCAAAGAUGAAGGCCCUCUGCAGCUUUGGUGGCAAAAUCCUGCCCCGACCAAGUGACAGAAAGCUAAGGUAUGUUGGAGGUGAAACACGUAUCAUUCGCAUAAGAAAGGACAUUUCAUGGCAGGAGCUUAAGCAGAAAAUUUUAGAUAUUUAUGACCAAACUGAUGUGAUUAAAUAUCAGCUUCCUGGUGAGGAUUUUGAUGCACUGGUGUCUGUGUCCUGUGAUGAGGAUCUGCAGAAUAUGAUGGAGGAAUGUAAUGAACUUGAAAAUAGAGAAAGCUCACAAAAGCUGAGGAUGUUUCUGUUCUCCCUGAGUGAUUUAGAAUAUUCUCAGUUUGGUCUUGGAAGUGUCCAUGGUGAUUCUGAGGUUCAAUAUGUUGUGGCUAUAAAUGGAAUGGAUGGGGGUUCUGGAAGAGGCUCAACCCGGCAUGGCCUGGCGAGUUCUUCAGAAAAUAAUUUGGAUGAGUUAGAUGGCAAUCACAUUGACAAAGAGAUUACUAGGGCUGCGAGAGACUUCACCAUUGUUUCCACUUCACCCUUUCCUGGGAUUAUGGUCUCAUCAUCAACUUUUCAAUCUUCUCAACCAAUUCUACCAACUUCCUCCACUGCCUAUGAAACCCAUCCCCAGUUUUACCAGGGCCAGGUGAUGCAUCACAAGGAAGCUGAUCAGUAUCCAUUUCAAUAUGGCACUUCAUCCUACUUUGGAGAAUUCCCUAGUUCAGCACCUCCUAAUGGGUUUAUGAAUCAUCAUGAAAGGUUGGCUGAAGCACAGCCAUACAAUGGCCUACAGCAACAGAAGUCAGAGAUGCUUGUGAAUGAAUUGAGAGUGAAACCUGAAGGUUCAGUUCAUCAGGAGGAUGACUUUGAAAAAGCUCAUCCUUUGGAAAUGGGUCGCCAUGUUCCUUCUCAGCCACUUGAUGGUAAGAUGAAAAAGCGUGUUCCACCUGAAGAAAAGCCAGAUUCAAUUCCUGUGCCUGAGGGAAAUCUAACUUUAUUGCCUCCAAAAUAUGAAGCUAAGCAGCAGGAACCUGACAAGGGUGUGCCACAUGUUGACACUGCGAAUCCAGUGCUGGUUCCUAAAUCUACCGAAGACGACCAAUUUUCCACAUCAAGUAGCACGUUUGGUCAUGGUUAUGCAGAUUCUGAGUCCAGUCAUAUUGAUUUAAGCUGUCACGGGCCCCGAGUGUCUGUACAGAGGGUCUACUAUUCUGAGAGACUGACUCGGGAGCAGGUAGAGUUGCUAAAGCGGUUUUCGAAGUCUGAUGAUUCUUUAGGUUCUCAGUUUCUGAUAUCUCAUUCUCCAUCGGGUGUCGCACCAAGGAAUCUGAACACAGAAUCUGUUGAAAAGUUACAGGAUAGUAAUUCAGUUCCCUACACCGAAGAAUCUGUCGCAACAGCCAAACCAGCAUAUAUGGAUUCUCAAACCAUUGAGGAUGGGCUUGCAAGACUGCAGAAGUACAAAGAGUUUGCUGAUGCAAUUUUUGAGAUUAACUCAAAACCUUCUGAAGAAGUGUUGGGAAGUGAGUUGAAGGAAGCAGUUUCAAACCCUGUGGACAGUGAAGAUAAUGCAAGCCCUGAGGGCCAAGUAGCUUCAACAAUGCACCUUGAGGCUUCUGCGUCAAAAAUCCCAAAAGUCAAUCAGGGUCAUGUUACCGCCAAGGCAGAGGCAGGAGACAUUAUUGUUGAUGUUGAUGACCGGAUCCCCCGUGAUUUCCUUUCUGAUUUAUUUUACAAGGAAGUGAUUUCUGAGGGUUCUUCUGCUAUUAGCCCACUGCACAAUGAUGGAGGUGGGUUGAGCUUGAAUAUGGAAAAUUAUGAACCAAAGCAUUGGUCAUAUUUUCAGAAGUUAGCACAAGAAUUUGGUGAAAAAGAUGUGUCUGUUAUUGACCAAGAUAACCGACAAUAUCAGUUUAUGCCAACAGAUGGCAUUUCAUUGGGCAAGUCCCAGCAUAAUUUUGGAGAACACAAUCAGAAAGAUUUACCAAUAAGGAUUGGAGCGGACAGUGCAGCUAUGCUUACUGAUUCGGAUCAACCCCCGCUAAACUCUGAAAGUACGCAGUUUGAUGCUAUGAUGGCAAACCAAAGAACACAAGAGUCAGAAUAUGAGGAUGGGAAAUUAGCAGCUAGGAAUAUGGGUUUACCUCCUUUAGAUCCUUCUUUGGGUGAUUUUGACAUCAGUACCCUGCAGUCUAUAAAAAAUGAAGACCUAGAAGAACUGAGGGAGCUGGGUUCUGGUACAUUUGGCACUGUAUAUCAUGGAAAAUGGAGGGGAACAGAUGUUGCUAUCAAGAGGAUAAAGAAGAGUUGCUUCACUGGUCGAUCAUCCGAGCAAGAAAAAUUGACCAUCGAGUUCUGGCGGGAAGCUGACAUUCUCUCAAAGCUUCAUCAUCCUAAUGUGGUGGCGUUUUAUGGUGUAGUGCAAGAUGGUCCUGGGGGAACACUGGCUACUGUCGCAGAGUACAUGGUUGAUGGUUCUCUUAGGCAUGCUCUACUUCGCAAAGAUAGGCAUCUUGAUCGUCGCAAGAGGCUAAUAAUUGCCAUGGAUGCGGCAUUUGGAAUGGAGUAUCUGCAUGCAAAAAAUAUCGUGCAUUUUGAUUUGAAAUGUGACAACUUGCUUGUGAACUUGAAAGAUCCAUCAAGACCGAUUUGCAAGGUUGGAGAUUUUGGACUCUCUAAAAUCAAAAGGAAUACGUUGGUUUCUGGUGGUGUGCGUGGAACACUACCUUGGAUGGCCCCAGAGCUCUUGAAUGGGGGCAGCAAUAAGGUCUCAGAAAAGGUCGAUGUGUUUUCCUUUGGCAUUGUUCUAUGGGAGAUUCUCACCAGGGAAGAGCCAUAUGCCAACAUGCACUAUGGAGCAAUCAUAGGAGGAAUAGUGCACAACACGCUAAGGCCAACAAUCCCAAGCUACUGUGAUCCAGAAUGGAGAAGGUUAAUGGAGGAGUGUUGGGAACCUGAACCUGCAGCAAGGCCAUCCUUCACAGAGAUUGCGAGUCGCUUGCGUACCAUGUUAGAAGCAGCAAAAGAAGCCAAGGCAUACGGUCACAAAGCAUCUAAAUAAUGGUCUAAUGAGUCCUCAUGAUUUUAUUGCAUGAUAGAUUCAUUCAUUCAAUUGUAUACCCUCACUCACACGUUGAAUCCCAUUACAAUUAGUACAGAGAAAUCAGCAUCCACAUUAUUUUUGAAAUGGAAGGAUUUCUCUCCAUGGAAUCAUUUUAGACAAACGCUCGUUUUCUCAAAUGUAGCAGUACAGAAUCGUCAUUUGAUGUUGUGUUUCAUUUCAUAACUUAAAAACCUUGUUUUCUGUUUGGACUUUUCAUGUCAAU